AUUUCAGAUGCACUCAUUGUUUUUACUUCUGCUAGUAGUGGCUGUUCUUCUCAACCAAACCGAAGGCCUCUUCGGAAUUGGGCGAAUGCAGUCAGUGGCAGUGACGGGAGCAGUGGAAUGCAAUGGCUCACCUAUGCCAGGUGUUGGGGUAAAACUCAGCGAAAAAGAUCUAUUUUUCGAUACGGAUUUGGAUGAAGGGAAGACUGAUAAGACUGGCAGCUUCUAUUUGUACGGAAGCAAACGAGAAAUUACUACAAUCGAUCCCAGACUCUACAUCUAUCAUAAGUGCAAUUAUCAUGGGAUGCAAUCUUUGUAUUUGCUUCUGCUAGUAACGGCCGCUCUCCUCAACCAAGCCGAAGGUCUCUUUGGAGUAAUUGGCCGAAUGCAGUCUGUGGCAGUGACGGGCGCAGUUGAAUGCAAUGGUUCACCAAUGUCAGGCGUUGCGGUAAAACUCAACGAAAAAGAAAUAUUUUUCGAUACGGAAUUGGACGAAGGAAAAACCGAUAAGGCUGGCAGCUUCUAUUUGUACGGAGGCAAACGACAAAUCACUACAAUCGAUCCCAAACUCUACAUCUAUCACAAAUGCAAUUAUCAUGGACCUUGCUACAAGAAGAUAGGAAUCGAAGUUCCGAGCGCCUACGUGGUUCAUGGCCGUUAUCCACAAUUUUCAUACAACGUUGGAAUGAUCAAACUUGGUGCUAUGCCGAAAGGAGAGACUGUAGAGUGUUUGAACUGAGCGCUUAGAUAUGUAGUACAUUCGAUAUUUGCUUCAAUCAGAUAAAAUUGUUGUAGUGAUCGCGUAGAGAGUCGAUUUGACAAGGUUAUACAUAAAUAUCUGAAAAGAUUUUUGC